UUCCUAGGGCUUGGUAAACAAAACCAUGACAGAUGUACGGGUUAGAAGAGAUGUCUUUAGGCCUUGCUUUGACAGUUUGACUGCAUAUCAAGUUAUGAACCCUAUAGCUAAGCUAGCUAGCUAAACCUGCAAUGCAUUUGCACUGUAUAUCUUCUUCUAUAAAAGGCCUACAACCCCCAACACUGCAUCCUCUCCCCUAUCCGUCUUCAUACUAACAAGAGUACGUACAAGAUUUCGUAUCGAUCGUAUAGAGAGAUCGAAGUCAGAAAGAGAGAAGAGAUUAUAAGUUAAUUUCGCCAUGAGCAGCAGAAGGACUAGCGCAGCUAAUCUUCUUGCGGUUGCCCUGCUGAUCAUCUCCUUGCUGUUGUUGCCUCUUCUUCACCUUCCCGUUGCCCAUGCUCGCCAUGUUGCUGUGCUGAAGGCUACUGACAGUUCUAGUGCCAUCAGCAUCAGAUCGGGACAUGUGGAGCCCACCCCGGCGAGCGGAGCAGUGCAGAGGAGGCCAGCUAGCUCCGGUGCAAGUAACCGCGGCGGCGGCGGGCGGCGGCGGCGAGCGGCGGCAAGCAGCAGGAGUACGGUGGAGAUGCGCGCGUCGGCGUGGGCGAAGCACCACCGCGACGAGGUCGCCAGGAUGCACGAGAUGCUGAAGAGGGACUACGCGUCCAAGGCGCGCCGCCGCUCGCCGAUCAACAACGGCGAGCCGUCGCUGGAGGAGGAGGACCUGCCCUAACUAAGCUUCAGCUGCAUAUUCGUAGUGUAGUGUAGCGUAGCUUAGCUAUAGCUCCUCUGAAAGAUCUGAACUGACACACAUAGGUAGUACAUACAGUUAUUACUAGAGCUGCUCUUUUAGUUAGCAAAUUAGCAGGCAGGAUAGUGUAGUUACUCCUAUGGAAUAACAGCCUUUGGUUUAGUAUAGCAUCCAAGCUGGGGCGUCAUUUGUUAGCCCUGAGAGUCAGAGAGCCAUGAACAAACAGUCUGAAACUGGGCAGUUUUGUCCCUGAUGAUGCUCAUGCUUGGUGCUAGCUAAAGCUUUUAGCUAGCUUCACCCUGUAACAUACAUAAAUGUGCACCAGUGUGUCAGGUUUGCAGUUUUAGCUUGCAGAUAUUAUGUCACAGGCUUAGUGAUUUACAUGCA